ACUGAAUGCACAUAUUCAGUAUCAAACUGUUUCUGGUGCGGUCAGCUUCUUCAAGAACAACAACACAAUCAAAAAGUCUCCAGCUCUCUUUCUUGUUUCUCGUACUGCAUCUGGUUCUGAAUCGCUGCCCCCUUCCCAUAUCCACUAGUGGAAUCGUGUUGUGAUUUCCAUCUCAUUCGAUCCAUACCGCUAGUUUCCUGUGCCCCCUUUUGAAAAUGCUUAUCAAAGUCAAGACCCUGACGGGCAAAGAGAUCGAGAUUGAUAUCGAGCCUACGGAUAAGGUUGAGCGGAUCAAGGAGAGAGUCGAGGAGAAGGAAGGCAUUCCACCAGUACAACAGAGAUUAAUCUUUGGUGGAAAGCAAAUGAAUGAUGACCGUACUGCUUCAGACUAUAAGAUCGCUGGUGGCUCCGUGCUACAUUUAGUGCUGGCCCUGCGUGGUGGAGACUGCUUGUAACUGUUAUCGGCGCUAGGACAUUGCCCACAUCCUGCUGUGUGGACAUCAUGCCUACGUCAGUGUGCCGGCCGACUGACUGCACGUGUUGUGCUGCUUUGGUAGCGACUGUCUGCUCAGCUAGCUGUGAGAGAGUGCCGUGUGCGUCGUCUGUGUUGCGAGGUGGUCACGGGCGAUGGGAGAUGUGGAGCUUGGCUGCUACUGGCACGUGACCACCUGAGACUGGCCGUUGACUCUCUCCUGAUUGUGUUAUCUCUGCAUCCAUACCAACACACACACACUCUCUCUCUCUCUCUCUCUCUCUCUCUCUCUCCUUCUCUUUCUCUUUCUUCAGCUACCGCUAACUCACUCUUCCUUCAUGAUAUCAAUAGCCAUGCCAGCCUUUUGAAAGACUUGCAUGGAGCCCUCUCUGGAGGUGUCUCUGCCAACUGGCAGUUGUACAAAGAUUUUAUGCCUCUUUACCUUGCUGCUCCUACAUGGCAGGUAAGCGUACAUAUUGCUUUGCAUUUAUAACUUUUUGAAACCAUUUUUAUAACACAUCUGCAGGCUAUACUCUUUAAUUUGCUCAGUCCACCGUUAGUUCCAUGCUGUAUGUGAACAUUAUGCUGGCCUGCUAUUUGUACAGUAUACUUUAGGGGAUUCCUUUGAGUCUUGUUUCUCUAAGUCUAAGCAAUGCACAUAG